CAUGAUUAUUAUUAUUAGUGAGGUGAACACACACACACAUAAGCUGGUAAGGGGAUAAUUUCCAUCUUUCCUAGCAUGUGUAAAAUAGGAAUCAACCACAGUAACAUUGAUAGAUGAUACGCAAAAUUAUUGCCUUUCUCCACGUGCAUAAUUUUAUGCUUCACUUUUCAAAUAAAACAUGAAAACACUUUUAUCAGAUGAAUCGAAUGACAAACAAUCCAUUAGUUUUUGUCCUUAAACAUUCUGAGUACCAUUUGAAUUAUGAGUUUUCGAUUUAAUCCAAUUGCAUUUAUAAGUCGUCGAAGUUCUAAAACUAAGACUAAAGCACGCAGUGAAUCAGCUGACCAAGCAUCUUUAAGUUAUAAUGAAGACGAAGAUGAUGGUGAAUUUCAAAGUCCUGUAGUCAAAGCCCGUCUAAAGCGUUCAAAGAAGACUUCAUCAAGUGAACAAGAUCCAAAAUCGUCUUCGUCUAUCAGAGCUCAAGUACUUGCUAGUUUAAGGAGAACUAGAAGUCCCAGACGAAAAUCUCGACAACAGUCAAGUAGAGCGAUAUCUGUCCCACCCAUUGAUAUACAGAAUAAUGGUGUUGGGACUACUAUCACCACGCCCACUAGUACUGCUGACAGCUAUAAAGCAGUUGGUGCGGAAAAUUCAAAGUCUGAAGUGCAGCAGUUACAACCAGAACAGUGUAAGUCUCCAGCACCUUUAGCUCAAGAUGACUGUUUUGAACUUACAGAUGUAUCGGAUAUGGAAAGUGACUACCACCAUAAAUUUAACCAAUCGUUCAAUCGACUGUCAAAUACAAAACAAGUGGAUCAGAAAACACCAAUGCCAACUGCUACAGCAAUGACAACAGGUGAUGAAGAAUCGUCUACACCUGUUGGUGUUCACUCCCAGUCAAUUGAAGAUAUCAAUAUUCAGUCAAAUGACAAUUACUAUGUCGCUAAUGAUGAUGAUAAUAAUAAUGCUGUGGAACAAACGUCUUUAGAAUUUAAUGCCCAAGACAGUGUAGACUUACAUUACGACACAGAGGAUGAAGAAAUGGCUGAAUCUGAAAAUGUAAAGUAUGAUGAUUUCUAUGACGACAAGAGUGUAACAAAAUUAGCAGUUGAAUAUGAAGUAGACUAUCCUGUAAUUGAACAUAGUGAUGAUGAACUUGAAUUUACUACUGAAACGCCAAAACAGCUAUCACCAGAUGAUAGUGAAACAGAACAUGAUACAGAAGGGCAAGAUAGUGACAGUACCAAAAGUAUUCAAAGUUCAUUAGAUAAAUCACUGACAUCUGUACAGCAUUCAGAGGAUGAUGAGAAUAUGCAAUGGGGUACAGAUCAUGCUUAUCAAGAUGAAAUUGAUAAUCAACAAUAUGUAUACAGUCAAAACGAUGAUGGAUAUUAUCAGUCUUCUUAUGAUGGCACUCAAGAAAAUACUGUUAUAACUGUUGACAAUGAACAAAAUGCACAAGCCUAUAAAGACGAAGAAUUACAGGAACAAGAAACUACUGAUGAGUAUGUAGUAGAUGUUGAUCCAAGUCAAGAUCCAUUCACUUUUGUUGAGUUAGCUGCAUCUGCAUCAAAAUGGGACAGUUCUGAUGUCAACAAGACAGACAAUUACUUAACUACACCUUCAAUUAUUAUCACAUGUGCAUCAACUGAAAGUUUAAUGAAAAUCAAUGAUGAGCAUAAUUUAACUCCGCCUUCUAGACCACCACCUCCUUCUUCUUCUACACCUUCUCCUCCUUCUGGAAGCACACCGAAGCGUCCACCGCCACCCCCAUCACUACCGUCUAAAGAAGUGCCUUCUAGACCAGAUCGUCCACAAUCUACUACUACAACAAGUCAACCUGAUACUGGUAAAAAGAAACGUAAAAAGGAUAAACUUUUUGGUCUAGUUGAUCUCGGACCACUUCCGACAGAUCCAGAUCCAAACUUUCCAUUUCGUAGUCAUUUUGAGAAAAGUGUUUUACCAAAUCCUAAAAAAGCGUUACAGCGUAUUAUCCGUGGUGAAACUAAAGCAGAACGUCGUCAAAGAAAGGAACAACAAGAGUUAAAUCGUUUAUUAAAAGGUGCUAGUGAUCGAACUGAACUACCAGUUAAAUUUGAAUCAUCUCAUUCAAAAGACUGGCAAGAAUUUCAAGAACUUACUGCUAGAAUCCAAAGUACUGUUGAAGAGUCAACAAGUAAAAUAAAAGCUCUAUCAUCAUUAUACCCUGUUGAGGAUAAUUCGUCCACAGAACAGGCAGCAGCUGGUAUAAAUCCUGAAUCACAGACAACUGAGAACUGGGCAGCUUUUGAUAACACAAAAUCUACUGAAGACAAUUGGGCAGACUUUAAUCAGCCGAUUAUCACAACAGAUAUCUGUGCUGAAUUCCCUACUACAGAAACUGACGAUAAUUGGGCUAAAUUUGAUACAGUAAAAGACGUAAAUCAAGACGAAAGUAAUUUAUCUAAUUGGGCUGAUUUUGAGAACCCAAAAACUGCUGAUCAGCUUUUUGAUUUGAAUCAAACUGAACAAGAAAAUAACUGGGCUGCUUUCGAUCAGGUGGAAGCUACUCAAUUAGUUGAUCCGAAAGUAGCUGACGAUUUCAGUGAAAACUGGGCAGAUUUUGACGCACUACGAUCCAGUGAUAAAGAUCACUCUGGUACAUCGACUGCUGACGAGAACUGGGCAAAUUUCAACUUAGUUGAAACCAACGGUAGUUUACCUUGUACUCAGACAAGUAUUUUCAACGAGAACACAGCCGGCCAUUCAGAAUCGAAAGAUAUACUUAAUCUUUUCAAUAGCUGUGAACAGUCAGACGCUGUCUCUGAGGACGUUUCUAGAUAUAGUCAGGAAAAAACAUUUGAAGGCAUAGAUCAUAGUGAACGCCAAGAUAGUUUUGAAGAUUUAUUUGCAACACGGAUUGUAAAGGAACACUCUGAUCUUGUUCAAACAGACAGUGAAAAUCUUCAGGAAUUAAAACAUCCACAGACUGAUCAGAAUCGAUUUGAGUUAAAUAACACUGACAGGGCGAUUGGAGACGUGCCUGACGGUUAUAACUUCAAGGAGACUGAAGAUCUUUUUGCUACUGAACAACCAGAAGUUAGCGUCAAUUCAGGCAGUAAUCAUUACUCAGUCGCUGUGGAUAACUUACUUAGUUUCAGUCAGACAGAAUUACCUGAAAAUAAAGUAGAGUUUAAUCAGACAGAUAAGUCUGAUACAACUGAAAGUCCUAGUGAGUUUCAUUCCACGCCUACCAACAUUUUAGGAGAUCUAAACCAGUUGGAAUCUAGUGACAAUUAUUUUGUAGUUGAUCGUUCAGGAACUACUGAGAACCUCUUCGGUUGUGAUUAUCCCUCACCCUCCUCUGAUAACAAUAUUGAAAACAUUAUUAAUUCAAGUCAUAUACAACAUACUAACAUUCAGGAUACUGACAAACAGGAUUCUUCUCAAUCAAACAGUCUCUUACCAACAAAUUUCAGGCAGCUUAAUAGCGAAGAAGAAUAUACUAGUUAUACAAAUUUCAGUAAUCAAAAUACUUCAACGUUAAAUUUCACAAGUAUGGAGUUUGACAAAGUGAACAAAUCAGAUGACAUAGGUGAUGAUAAAGUAAUUCUGUCUAAUCCUCUAAUGGAGACGCCAAUGAAUGACAUCACUAUUGACCCUGAUAUGCAUGUACAAUAUGAACAGAAUGAUGAUUUCGAUGUAAAUAUUACAGGUCAUUCAAGUUCAGAUACAUCCUCCUAUGAUGGUCAAGUGCAUACAGAUGUAGGCGAAAAUGAAGAGGAAUUAAAAGAAGAAACAGGGAUACAUCUUGGUGGAAUAGAUGAAACUGGUUCAGAAUAUCACCAAAAUUAUGAUAAUUUGGAUUUCGCUACUGCUGUUACUGCCUCUGGUGGUUAUGACUAUGAUAAUGAUGUUUCAGACACUGGAGAUAAUGAUCAUACAGUACCCUCCACUGAGAAACAAAAACAACAACAAAACACAGAAGAAAACAAUCCAUUUACUGAUGAUGCCUUUCAAGAUUUCUCAAUGGUCAAAUCAACAACAGCUGAUAGUAAUAAGCCUUAUCUAAAUGAACGUAAAAUAAGUAUAGAUGAUUUGAAAACUAUCGUUAGACCACGUGUUAAACCAGUUAGACAGGAAACUUUGUCAGGUAAUAAUCCAUUUCGUAAACGGUCAGGUGUUGAUGAACCAAAUGUAAUCAGUACUACUGUUACUACGGUUACCGAUGAUACAGAUAUGCCUACAGAUGAACUAACACGUGUGGCAGCUGGAAUAAAGUUGAUUAGUCCACAGAAUAAAAUCAGCAGAAUGAAAGAUAGUUUCGAUAGUAAUAAUAGUGCAGAAGAUGAGGAGACAAGAGAUGUACUACAAAAUGUUGAAGUUCUUCAAACUAUUGAAAAUAUAAAUGUGGAUCCAGAUGGUUUUGAUCCCUUGCAAACUAUUUAUCCAGAUAGUGAAAAUGAACAUUCAUCUGAUUCUAAUGAAUCUAAAACUCUACAUGUAAAAAUUAAUCAGAAAGAUAAGCAGACUACUAACAAAUCGACAGUAGUAGUGGAAGGAGAGGAAGAAAAUAAAGCAACAUUCACUAUACAGCCACCACCACAGCAAGUAAAAGCGACAAAUGUCCUUGAUUUAGACAUUGAAUCUAAUGGAAAAGAUAACCAGAUAACAUUGAUGAAUGGAGAAGACAAUGAAGUCCAUGCUACUGAAGAACCAAAAGAGUCUCCACCUACACCACCUGGAUGGGUUGACUUCGUUGACGACGAUAAUGCUGAUAACAACGAUUCUUCCAAUGUUGAGGCUUUUAAACUUGAUAAAGAUGAUAUUGAUAAAGCAUUUGAAGUACAAUGGCCACCAGAAGGGGAAGGUAAGGAGAAAGGUAAGGCGGAACCAUCAUACCCGGAACCUCCGAGACCAGAAACACCAGAUCCUGAAUUAGACAUACCAUUUCAUCCAUUCGUUAAUACUGAAGAUACUUGGCGUUUGUGGUUAAGAUACCCAGAGAAGAAAACACGUGUCAAACAAAUCAGCAAAUAUACAACCGACAGAUACUGGCGUGAAGUGGCUAUACGUUUGGUAGAAGAACACGGUCGCAAAGUGAUAAACAUUUAUGGUAUAGAUGAAAAUACAAAUGAAAUAUUGCCAGAACCGUAUAGAUCAGUUCGUGUUGAACCAUAUAUGCAGUUGUCAAGAGAGAAAUUACAACAAUACGAUAAGUAUGGUAAAUUGCACGUCUUCAAACUGAAUCAUGUCUCGUACAAGGAGUUAGUCGGUAUGAGGCCGGAGAAGUUUUCUAUUAAAAAUUUACAAAAUCUGGUCAGUCAUAAACCGAAGCAAAAUAUUACUCUCGAUCACAUACCGAUAUAUACAGAGAUAUUGAAAUUCGGUUCACUGGAUCAGUCAAGAAUUCGUAGGCUGAUGCCAGUAUUUGAAGAUGCAUUAAUGAAGAUACCGUCACAUAAAGACACCUCUUUAAAUUACAGUCGUGAAGAAGUUUGUUGUUACGUUGUAGAUGAAUAUGAAGGUAAAUUAAACGUUAACGGGACAAUUGUUGAACAGAAGGCCCGUACUCGAGUAUUUUGUACAGCAUUUGUCAAUGGUGGACCACAUAUUGUACUUGGAUUAAAUGAUAAAUGGCGUUUUGGUCGAGAAGUGGUGCGACGUUGUGAUAUCCUACCAGUAAUGCAUGAUGAAUGGAUAAGUAUACGUAAUCCUGAAUUCCAUUCUUGUGUACAAAUGGACGAAUAUGAAAAAGAUCAUAUGUUACAAUUCUUUCCAUUAGAUGGUUGUCGUUUUGAACUGUUACGAUUUCGUGUUAGUCUACGUGGAAAUAGAGAAUUACCAAUGCAAGUGAAAGUUACCUAUACAAUUGAUGGACGUCGAGUUUCAAUGCGUUGUGAUUUAUUAGUUCCAGGUUAUUUCAGUGCUAGCAAACGAUCUGGUGCUGUACCAUGUGAAAAAGUUGAAAUACAUAUACCAUUUCCAGAGGAAUGGAUAUAUCAUUUUCGUGUUGAAAAACACCACAAAUAUGGAUCUGUACAUUCUACAUUACGUAAACCAGGUAAAAUUAAAGGUCUUGAAAGAAUUACACAAAUGGCUCAAAGUCUCCUACCGCCUAGUAUGCUGGAGGCAAGUAUCGGUGUUGCAAAAUAUGAGCAUCUAUAUAAGUCCAUAGUUUGGCGUAUACCAAGAGUACCUGAAAAGUCUGAAGCCUCAUUUCGUCCUCAUUUAUUAACCUGUAAUUUGGUAUUGGCUGCUCAUGAUACAGUACCUGAGUGGGAAACGCUAGUUCCACAUUGUCAAGUUGAAUAUAGUAUGCCAUCAAGUACAGUGUCCGGUGCCACAGUACGUUCAAUUAGUGUAGAGCAUACAGGAAAUGUGGAGAAAUUUGUAAAAUAUCUAACAAAAUAUAAAUAUACAGUGGACAUUGAUUAUCAGUUGGGUAGUCGAAAAGAACCCGUUAUAAAAUCUCUUCUAGACGAUGACACACCAGUUGAAUAUGAAAAAUCAAGUGAACAAAGACAAACGAAUCGUCAGUAUGAUGAAAUUAGCCUUGAUAACAGCAACAACAACAACAACAACAAUGAUGGUGAUGAUGUCGUAGAUGAUACUCAGACAUCACUUAAAUCUAAUGAAACAGAGGCUAAUCAAACAGGUCCCACAGAGUUCGGUGACCUUUUAGGCCUGGGAACAGAUUUCGGUGCAACGUCAGAACAAAAAUCAGAGCAAAGCGCACCAGUUAACACUGAUGAUAUUUUCUAA